ACCAAAGCCCCUGUGUAUGACAUAUAGAAUGUAAUAAUAAUUUCCAACGCAAUUUGAAAAACCUCUGUCUGUGUCUCUGAGUCUCUCCCUUUUCUUUGUUCUGUGUGAUAUUCAAACACCGUUGCUGCUGUUUCGGUUGAAAACAAAUCAGCAGUGUACGCGGCGGUGGAAGGUUCGAUCAAAAAGGGAUUCUGAAUGGAAGCUAUCAGAAAGCAAGCCUCCAAACUUCGAGAACAGGUCGCUCGCCAGCAACAGGCUGUGCUUAAACAGUUUGGGGCUGGGGGAUAUGGAGGCUCAGAUAAUAUGGUUACCGAUGAGGUUGAACUUCAACAACAUCAGAAACUUGAGAAGCUUUACAUAUCAACACGGGCUGGAAAGCAUUAUCAAAGGGAUAUUGUCCGUGGUGUGGAAGGUUAUAUUGUAACUGGAUCCAAACAAGUUGAAAUAGGAACGAAGUUAUCAGAAGAUAGCAGGAAAUAUGGUGCAGAUAAUACAUGUACCAGUGGUAGUACCUUAUCAAGAGCAGCACUAAACUAUUCACGUGCCCGUGCACAAAUGGAGAAGGAGCGUGGGAGCUUACUAAAAGCACUUGGAACGCAGGUUGCGGAGCCCUUAAGAGCAAUGGUGAUGGGAGCACCGUUGGAGGAUGCCCGGCAUCUUGCUCAACGAUAUGACAGAAUGCGGCAGGAAGCCGAAGCCCAGGCUAUUGAAGUUUCCAAACGCCAGGCAAAAGUAAGAGAAACACCAGGCAAUACUGAGAAUGCAAUGAAACUGGAAGCAGCUGAAGUUAAGCUGCAAGACCUGAAGACAAACAUGGCCAUAUUGGGAAAAGAAGCAGCUGCUGCAAUGGCCGCUGUUGAAGCGCAGCAACAGAGGUUAACCCUCCAGCGUCUUAUAGCUAUGGUUGAAGCAGAGCGAGCCUAUCAUCAAAGAGUACUCCAAAUACUUGAUCAGCUAGAGGGAGAGAUGAUAUCAGAACGACAGCGGAUUGAAGCCCCUCCUCCACCGAGUGUGGAUAAUAUGCCACCACCUCCAUCAUAUGAAGAAGUAAAUGGUGUAUAUGCUUCUCAAGCACAUAAUGGCUCAACAGAUAGUAUGGGUUACUUCUUAGGAGAGGUUUUGUUUCCCUACCAUGCGGAGUCAGAAGUUGAAUUGAAUCUCUCAGUUGGGGAUUAUAUCGUUGUUAGAAAGGUGACCAACAAUGGAUGGGCUGAGGGCGAAUGCAAAGGGAAAGCAGGUUGGUUUCCAUUUGGUUACAUUGAAAGAAGGGAGCGAGUCCUUGCAAGCAAGGUGGCUGAAGUGUUUUGAUUAUUUUUCUGCUGAGCAAGGUUGAAUUGGUGGUUUCUUCCCCCAAGGGUUUUGUAUGUGUGUAUGUUUUGGUUUGUGCUUCAUGGAUACACCAAUCGAUUUGUGAUAUAGAGAUGAUGACAACUUCUUUUCUUCUGAUUAUCAGAUUAUUUAUGUAGUAUUAAAAUCAUUUGUAGCUAUGAUUUCAUUUAAGUAUUAAAAUAUUUAUGCUCUCACCCCUGUUUAGGGAAAAAGAUUCGUAGUUAAAUCCAUGUUUGAAUGAAUAA